AAUAAAAAAUAAAAUAAAACCUCUAUUAUAGCCUUAUUUACUUAUCCUUCUUGUCUUUACUAAUUAUGGCUUAUUCAUCUUUCAUAAUCCCUUUUUCCUUGCUAAUAUUAUUUCCACAAUAUCUCCACCUUGCAAAAUCCCAACAAAAGCUCUGCCGGAAAUCAUGCGGCGGAGUUCCGAUUCAGUACCCAUUCGGCGUCGACGACGGCUGCGGCAGCCCAUACUACCGCCGCAUCGUCAAGUGCACCGCCGCCGGCGAGCUUCAGCUCCUCACCCCUUCCGGCAAGUACCCCAUUAAGAACGUCACCUACUCCGGCGACGACCCGCACAUUGUCAUCUCCGACCCCUUCAUGUGGAGCUGCCGUGACGGCGGCCGUUUCCGGCCGCCGCGGCCCUUCAGCCUCGACACCAGCACCCGGUUCUCCCUCUCCCCGGAGACCGAGUACCUCUUCUUCAAUUGCAGUACCGACGAGGUAGCCGUCGAAUCGAAGCCGCAUUUCUGCCGCCGGUUCCCGGAGGAGUGCGACUCCGUGUGCGACAGCGGGAGCUUCCUGUGCAGGAACCUCCCGGAGUGCCCUGGGGCGCUGCGCGGCGGAUCUUGCUGCGCCUACUACCCGGAGGCGGCAGAGUCGCUGAGGAUAAUGCUGCGGCAUUGCGCCGCCUACACCGGCGUUUACUGGAAGAACAUCGGCGGUGGCGGCGGCAAGGCGGGGGCGGCGUUCAGCCAGGUGCCGGAGUACGGGGUGCGGGUGGAUUUUGAAAUUCCGGUGACGGCGAAGUGCUUGGAGUGCGAGGGCGGCGGCAAGGGCGGCGGGACUUGUGGGUUCGAUACUCAGAACCAGAGUUUCCUCUGCUUGUGUCACAAAAGAAAUAGCACCACUAAUUGUCAUGAUAUUGAGCAUAAAAUCUCUAAAGCAGCAGUAGCCGGAGUAUCAAUAGCCGUGUCGGUGGUGGUGGCGGUGGGAGUAGGGAUGGGAGUAUGGUACUUUAGAAGAGUGAGAGCAAAAGCUCCGGUCACACACGGCGUUCAGACGAACGACAACCGCCUCUUCUAGUCGAUGCCCUUACUAGACACAUACAACAUGUUCCUCUCCAUUUUGGUGUCUUAGUAUAGGCCCACAUUUUGUAUUGGACAACUUGAUUUUACAAUUUACAAUGGAGCAUGCUACAUGUACUCAAAAUUUGUACCCCAUUUGUACACCAAAGGUAUGUACCAACAUUUUGAUGAUUCACACUGACACAAAGUGUUGGUGCAUUAACAAAAAUUUACACUGACA